AUUUUUUGGUACAUUUUGAGCACACGCCGCUUUAAGCUGUUUUCAAUUAGCGAUACAUUUGCAAAUUGUUUUUCGCAGCUAAAUAAAAGUACUUAAGCCGAUUUGAGUUGGUCCAGUGGCCACCGAGGCGGCAUGCUGUUGGGCGAAUACGACACGACCCGGCGACUCCUGUUUAUCGUGGCCGUUCUGCUGAUCGUCCUGUAUGCGAAGACGUACCUGCUACCCGGCGUGGAUCUGGACUACAAAUAGAGGAUUAGGGCGCUCCGACGGGGUCGGAUCCGAUCGAAGG